GGGUGAGGGACGUGCCAGGGGUGAGGGACGUGCCACCAACCCUCUCCCUGCUCCAGUCCCGAUUCCCAUCACACCCCACCCUCGGGGGCAUGGGGGGCUCUGGGGACACCCAACAGGGAGGGGACACACGCCGCGCCUCGGGGGCUCCUCUCGCUCUGUGGGACCUGUGGGAUGGGGGGUCCCUGGCAGGGCAGAGCCCCCGGGCACCACCUGCGAGUGUCCGCGGCGAAUGGGGGACCCGGGGGGUCGUGUCACCCCCCCGUGCCACGCCCGUGUCACCCCCCCGUGCCACCCCGUGUCACCCCCCGCCGCGGCCUCUCCCGUGCCCCGCUCGUUGCCCCGGGCUCAGAGUCCACGGCCGGGGCGGCCUCGCCGUCCGCGGGCAGCGGGCACGGGGCCAGGCCGGGCACGGGCGCGGGCACGGGCAGAUCCCGGCAGCGCCGGGGGAGGCGCGGCCGUGCGGGAACCGGGCGCGGCCGGGCUGGCCCGGGGUGGCGGCGCUGAGCAACCGGGGCGCGGCUGUGCUGGCCCGGACGGGUGCCCUCGGUGCCACCUCGGGCUGUCACCGCGGCCACUUCGGGAGCCGGCCGGCCCAAAUCGCGGUGCCGGCUGUCCCAAAUCGCGGUGCCGGCUGUCCGGGACGGGGAUGGACGCCCCGAGCCCUCUCCCGACCCUGAUCCGCAAGAAGCGGGACGGGGAGCGCCUGGAGGACGCCGAGAUCCGGAGCUUCGUGCGCGGCGUCACCGAGGGCACCGCGCAGCAGGGGCAGAUCGGUGCCAUGCUGAUGGCCAUCCGGCUGCGGGGCAUGGACGCGGCUGAGACGCUGGCCCUGACCCAGGCCAUGGCCAGCUCGGGCCGCACGCUGGCCUGGCCGCCCGCCUGGCACGGGCUGGUGGUGGACAAGCACUCGACCGGCGGCGUUGGGGACAAGGUCAGCCUGGCCCUGGCCCCCGCGCUGGCCGCCUGCGGCUGCAAGGUGCCCAUGAUCAGCGGGCGCGGGCUGGGCCACACCGGGGGCACCCUGGACAAGCUGGAGGCCAUUCCCGGAUUCCGCGUGUCCCAGAGCCCUGAGGAGAUGCGGGACAUCCUGGCGCGGGUGGGCUGCUGCAUCGUGGGGCAGAGCGCGGAGCUGGUGCCUGCGGACCGGGUGCUCUACGGGCUGCGCGACGUCACGGCCACGGUGGACAGCCUGCCGCUCAUCACCGCCUCCAUCCUCAGCAAGAAGGCGGCGGAGCGGCUCUCGGCGCUGGUGCUCGACGUGAAGUUCGGGGAGGCGGCUCUGUACCCCACCCAGGAGAGCGCGCGGGAGCUGGCGCAGAGCCUGGUGGCCGUGGGCUCUCAGCUGGGCAUCCGCACGGCGGCGCUGCUGACCCGCAUGGAGCAGCCGCUGGGCCGCGCCGUGGGCAACGCGCUGGAGGUGCUGGAGGCGCUGGAGUGCCUGGGGGGCGGCGGCCCCGCCGACCUGCGGCACCUGGUCACGGCCCUGGGCGGGAUGCUGCUGUGGCAGUGCGGGAUGGCCGCGGGGGCCGAGCAGGGCCGUGAGCGCCUGGCCCGGGCUCUGGACGAUGGCUCGGCCCUGGGCACGUUCGAGGCCAUGCUGGGGGCGCAGGGGGUGCCCCCCGACACCGCCCGGGAGCUCUGUGCCGGGACCCCCGCCCAGCGCCGCCAGCUCCUGGGCGAGGCCAAGGUCUGCGAGGAGCUGCCCGCAAUGCAGGAAGGCUGGGUGCAGCGGGUGCGGGCGCUGCCCCUGGCGCGGGUCCUGCACCGCCUGGGCGCGGGCCGGUCGCGGGCCGGGGACCCCGUGAACCCCCGAGUGGGCGCCGAGCUGCUGGUGGGCACCGGGGAGCACCUGCGGGCAGGCCAGCCCUGGCUGCGGGUGCACCACGAGGGCACCCUGGGCGCGGAGGGGCGGCUCGAGCUGCAGGACGCGCUGUGCCUCGGCCCGGAGCGCCCCCGGGACCCGCCGCCGCUGGUGGCCGAGACCAUCGUGACGUCGGACCCGCUCCCCGGGCCGUGCCGGGACUCACAAUAAAGCGCAGCGGUGGCGA